ACAUUCAACACCUCUCUGCCCACCUGACCCACAGGGAAUGAGACAUCACACUGAAAUGCAGUGAACCCCCCAAGUCACCAAAAGGAAUGUGGCUUAUUAUCACCCAAAGGGAGACAUGUUGGGCUGUGCAACAUGAGACACACAUACAUGGUCUAUAUGCAUAAAUCACGUAACAGCUUUCUUUAAGGAAGAUGAAGCAAGAAAGACACAUAAGAGAUGAUCCAGGAAGAGCUGAAGUGAGGAAUGCUAACCCACCAGGAAAAGGAAACAACGUUUUCCAUCCAUCUUAAAAAGGGGAGCCAGGAAAACAAACCUGGCUAAUUUCAUAAUCACCUGUUAAUUAGGACAAACAAGGACAAGGAAGAGCACAGCUCCUGAUGACAGCGCCCUUAGCAGGGUAUAAAAGGGGACCUGGGGCAAGUGGACUUCCAAACCUUCCAACCCACCUUCCUGAAAACUCACUCCGAACCUCCACCCUCCAACACCAUGGUCAACUCCUGUAGCUCCGUCUGCUCUGACCAGGGCUGUGGCCAAGGCUGCUGCCAGGAGACCUGCUGCCGCCCCAGCUGCUGCCAGACCACCUGCUGCCGCCCCACCUGCUGUGGCUCCUGCUGUGGCUCCAGCUGCUGCAGGCCUACCUGCUGCACCACUAGCUGCUGCCGCCCCACCUGCUGCGGCUCCAGCUGCUGCCGCCCCUGCUGUGUGUCUAGCUGCUGCCGCCCCUGCUGUGGCUCCAGCUGCUGUGGCUCCAGCUGCUGCAGGCCUACCUGCUGCAUCACUAGCUGCUGCCGCCCCCCCUGCUGCGGCUCCAGCUGCUGCCGCCCCUGCUGUGUGUCUAGCUGCUGCCGCCCCUGCUGUGGCUCCUGCUGUGGCUCCAGCUGCUGUGGUUCCAGCUGCUGCAGGCCUACCUGCUGCAUCACUAGCUGCUGCCGCCCCACCUGCUGUGGCUCCAGCUGCUGCCGCCCUACCUGCUGCCAGACCACCUGCUGCAAGACCACCUGCUGCCGCCCCUCUUGCUGUGGCUCCAGCUGCUGCCGCCCCUGCUGCCGCCCCAGCUGCUGCAUCUCCAGCUGCUGCCGCCCCACCUGCUGCAUCUCCAGCUGCUGCCGCCCCUCUUGCUGUGGCUCCAGCUGCUGCGGCUCCAGCUGCUGCCGGCCCUGCUGCUGCCCCUGCUGCUGCCUCCGCCCAGUCUGUGGCCAGGUCUCCUGCCACACCAACUGCUAUCGCCCCACCUGCGUCAUCUCCACCUGCCCCCGCCCCAUGUGCUGUGCCGUCUGUGACUGCUGAAUCUCUGCCUGUAAUCUGUCACACACUGGAUGUCCUCACAAGUCACCUAAAAUGUGUUGAGCCAGCCAGUGACUGGGGAAUGAACUCUUAGCUGCCAAUUCUUCUGAUUUGGCAUACAGAGUUGGUGUUCAACUCCAGAAAAUGAUAAAUGAAAGCACAUUUGUCAAAUGGUUUAAACCGGAUGCAUCUAUGUUUGAACCGACACUGUCUCACCCGAAGUAUAUAGUGUAUGUGAUGAUCUCAUAUAACAUUGUCUCCAUAUGUUCU